AUGGCGACUACGAUGAAAAACCUGGCGGCGCCGUACUCACCCUUCACUCACCCGCCCCUCACCAUGGACAAGCUUGAGGUCGGGUCGCUCUACAUCAUGAUCUCGGUCCCGCUGCCCAUCUAUCUCGGCCGCAAGAAGCACAGCUACGCGACCGCCCUGCCGGAGGACCCGGCCUUCCCCUUCAGCACCUACGAGCUCAUGAUCUCCGACGGCCUGUCCUCCGAAGAGUUCCACUGGGACCUCUACUGGCACACAUCCGACACCCCCGCUGGCGCCCUCAGCCCGGACGAUGAGGGCAGCGGCAGCCUCUACCGCCUCCGCCAGACCAGCACCUGCCCGCCGACCUACGCCUGCGAUCGCCUCGGUGUCGUCCGCGUACGCUCGCACUGCCGGCUCGUCGGCCUUGUGCGCGUCUUGCGCGCGCCCGCCGCCGUCGUCCCGCACCUGACAGACUAUCUCGACUGGAUGACGGUCGAGUCGGCGCGCGUCGCGGAGCGGAGCUACGUCUGGGCCACGAUGGCGUACUACCGCACGCGCCGCCACGUCCUCGGGCGCGACGGCGUGCGCGACCACAGCUUCCACCAGUUCGACAUCUCGCGCUUUACGGCGGAGCUGCUGUCUUUUGCGUACGGGGCGGUCCCAGACGCGUUGGCGCCGAGCGCGACGUUGGGCGUCAAGCUGGGCUUUCUCGACGAAGAAGAGGCUGCCGCGACGAGACGCAAGAGGGACGAGCUUCUGAGGAGGCAACGCGAGGAGUUUGGCGUCGUUGUGGCAUGUUGGUACCAGUGA